AAAAAAGAAAAAAAAAGAAGCACAAAAAAAGUGGAAACUUUUUUCCCCUGUCCACUUCAAGUUCUGAAAAAUCAAAAUGGAUUUAGAGAAAAAUUACCCAACUCCUCGGACCGGCAGGACAGGACAUGGAGGAGUGAAUCAGCUUGGGGGGGUUUUUGUGAAUGGACGGCCACUCCCGGAUGUAGUCCGCCAAAGGAUAGUGGAACUUGCUCAUCAAGGUGUCAGGCCAUGCGACAUCUCAAGGCAGCUUCGAGUCAGCCACGGUUGUGUCAGCAAAAUUCUUGGCAGGUAUUAUGAGACGGGGAGCAUCAAGCCUGGAGUAAUUGGAGGAUCCAAACCAAAGGUCGCCACGCCCAAAGUGGUGGAAAAAAUCGCUGAGUAUAAACGCCAAAAUCCCACCAUGUUUGCCUGGGAGAUCAGGGACCGGCUGCUGGCGGAACGGGUGUGUGACAAUGACACGGUGCCCAGCGUCAGUUCCAUCAACAGGAUCAUCCGGACGAAAGUACAGCAGCCACCCAACCAGCCGGUCCCAGCUUCCAGUCACAGCAUAGUGUCCACGGGCUCCGUGACGCAGGUGUCGUCGGUGAGCACGGACUCGGCCGGCUCCUCGUACUCCAUCAGCGGCAUCCUGGGCAUCACGUCCCCCAGCGCCGACACCAACAAGCGCAAGAGAGAUGAAGGUAUUCAGGAAUCUCCAGUGCCCAACGGUCACUCGCUGCCGGGCAGAGAUUUCCUCCGGAAGCAGAUGCGGGGAGACCUGUUCACGCAGCAGCAGCUGGAGGUGUUGGACCGCGUGUUUGAGAGGCAGCACUACUCGGACAUCUUCACCACCACAGAGCCCAUCAAGCCUGAGCAGACCACCGAGUAUUCAGCGAUGGCCUCGCUGGCUGGAGGGCUGGAUGACAUGAAGGCCAACCUGACCAGUCCCACCCCUGCCGACAUCGGGAGCAGCGUGCCCGGGCCGCAGUCCUACCCCAUUGUGACAGGCCGUGACUUGGCGAGCACGACCCUCCCCGGGUACCCUCCGCACGUCCCCCCCGCCGGACAGGGCAGCUACUCAGCACCGACGCUGACAGGGAUGGUGCCUGGGAGUGAGUUUUCUGGGAGCCCCUACAGCCACCCUCAGUAUCCCUCGUACAACGACUCCUGGAGGUUCCCCAACCCGGGGCUGCUCGGCUCCCCAUACUAUUACAGCGCCGCGGCCCGAGGAGCCGCCCCGCCUGCAGCCGCCACUGCCUACGACCGUCACUGACCCUCGGAGCCAGGCGGGCGCCAAGCACUUGCAACACAUAUCACUGAGGGCGAUAGCCUCUCAGCCCCUCCGAAGACAGCCAGAGGGGCCCAAUGAGACCAUCCCCCAGCAAUCCUCUCUCGCCUGAAACUCCCUCCCAACCUUUUCCUGCCAGGGAACUGGGGUUCUAUGGUAAGGCUGUUGGACUUCUAGACACACACAUUUCUAAGUCAAUCAGUGCGCUUCUCCCAACAGCAACUGGGUGUCUGCAAAGCCACAGACUACUCUGCAGACAACUGUAGCCCCAGCCUAGCCUGCCGGUCCCCAGCUGUCUGACCAUCCACCUGUCUUCUUGCCCCAGGCCUGGGAAGGAGAGCUUGUUUUUGUCACUUCAACAGCACCCGUGUA